AUGUCAUUCAUCGUCCCUCAGCUUGGUAGCUCACACAUACCACUUACAGUAAGACAAGAAGCUCUUGACCGAGUAUUUGCCGAUCCUGGAAUUCCAGAUGCAGUUCAUUCAACAAAAUCAUUUUGGAUGAAAGAACCGCAUCCCGCUGUUGCAAGUGUACAAUCAGAGCACCUACCAAAAUUUGCCGAUCAUGUCAUUAUUGGUUCUGGAAUUACCGGAGCCUCCGUCGCACAAGCUUUGUUGGAACAUCUCGAAACGGCCAGUCCAUCAGAAGUUCACUCUUCGUCGCAUCCAAAAGUGAUCAUGCUAGAUGCUCGAGAUAGCUGCAGUGGUGCCACGGGCAGGAAUGGUGGGCAUAUUUUGGAAACUGGUGAGGAGUAUGCCAUGCUUAAAGAACGUUUGGGUAAAGAGGAAGCCAUCAAAAUCCACAAAAUGCGCAUGUCCCAUCUUGAAGCGCUGAUUAAGAGUGCGGAAACUUUGGGGUUGACUGAAGAGACACAAGUUCGCAAAGUGCGUUUCUUGAGUGUGUAUUUUCACCAAGAAGCUUGGGAAGAUAUCCGGAAAGAUAUAGAGCUUUUCAUGGCCGAGAUGCCGGAUGAUUCUAAGGGAUGGGGUUUUAUCGAAACCGAUGAACUAGCAAAGGAGUUUGGAAUUCCAAAUGCUGCUGGUGCCGUAACCGGCAUUGCGGGCGCCAUGUGGCCCUACAAAUUCGUCACUGGACUUCUCGCCCAUCUACGAAAACAAUUCCCAUCAGACUUCCUCCUCGAGACAAACACCGGCGUAUCCGAGAUCCGCGGAGGCAGUGACUACUACGAAGUCAUGACACCACGAGGAACAAUCAAAGCCAAACACGUGAUCCACUGCACCAAUGCCCACAUUGGCCAUCUGGUCCCGGGCAUCAAGGGCUGCAUCUUCCCCAUCGUCGGACAGAUGUCCGCCCAACCCCCGGGCGACAAAUUCAAACCCCAAAGCGACCACUCCUGGAUCUUCAACUACGAUCGCGGCUUCGACUAUCUCACCCAACUCCCCGUCACCGCCGCUUCGAACGGUGAAAUGAUGAUGGGUGGCGGAUACGCCCAGACUCAGGACGGCGGAAUCCACGAAAUGGGUGUGAGCACCGAUGCAGAAUUAAACAUGUACGCGAACAUCCAUCUCCGCGGCGUCCUCGGCGCCGUCUUCGCGCCCGAAAAUUGGGGCGCCGUAAACGACCCCGCCGUAUCGGCAAUGUGGACGGGGAAUAUGGGAUUCAGCAGCGAUGGGCUCCCAUGGGUAGGCAAACUACCCGCAUCUCUCACCGAGCGGAGCCUAACCACCGCGGGCGGAGCCGAGUGGGCGGCCGCGGCCUUUUCCGGCGAGGGAAUGGUUCACGCGUGGUUGUCUGGGAAGGCGCUCGCGCACAUGAUUUGUUCGUGGAAGGCGAGUGAGAGUGCGGAUGCUGCUGUUCCAGAGUGGUUUCCGGAAGCGAUGGUUAUUACGAAGAAGCGAUUGGCGAGGUCGAGGUUAGCUCGAGAUGCGCAAGAGGAGGCGGAACGAGUUUUAUGA